AUGUCCGUUCCGCCUCUAAUCAGAUGCGUCGGCGUAGAGAAGGCCCUGAAUGGUGUCUACGAGUACACGGGUGCCCUCCAUGGCCGUCCCUGCUAUCGCCAGACCGGACUCUCAACCGGCAAUUUCGUGUGGUUUUGCCAGGAUGCGGCGGAAGGGCCGAUGUGGGUUGUGACUCACAACACGGAGCUUCCAGGAGAGGCGAAUGAGAAUGUUGUUGCACGAGCGCGGCAUGGGGGGCGCUGGCCCUGGGAGGUGAAGCUUUGGCAAGUCUGCUUUUUGCGUGACGAUGCGUUCAUGGACCAGCCCGAGAUGGAGUUCUGCCUGGUGAUUCCAUCGCCAGAGCUCAUCGUCCAGGCCCCAGCCAUGGAUGGCACGGCCACGACCUGUGGCUUUCGACGCUCCGGCGUAGUCCACAAACGUGUGGCCUUCCGCAGGAUUGGCGACUCGAACGAUCCUGGCAUUACCAGCUUGUGGAUCUUCUGGAUGCCUAAGCAGUCUCGCUGGCUCCUAGCGAAUGUGAAGCCGGGAGGAACGGGUGUGCAGAGUGUGGUGGCAAGGAGUUUGCCAGAUGACGGCUCAACUUGGGCAUCCCUGUGGCCCUGGGAGGUCGAGCCAGACGGAUGGGAGUCUCCGACGGCUGAUACCAUCGGCUUGCAAGACGCAGAUGCUGUGUGGGCACGGGUCUCAGCAAACCACUAA